AUGCACGAGCGGCAGUUGAUGCCGGUUGGGAGUCCGGGCUUGGCGUAUCCUGCGUCCACCCCGGCCCGGAAACUUCUCGGUCUCAAGUCCAACCCCAAAUUCUAUCUCAACAAACGCCUCCUCAACAACACAGCCAAAAUGGCAGCCGAAAAGACCGCGGCCUGGGAGAAGUCGAUCCAGCGCAACCCCCACCCCGACUUCAAGAAAGUCGAAGCCUCCCGACCCCCGUUCGACCCCUCCACCACAUUCACCUACACCCAAACCCCCUCCCCCAACUGGCAAUUCGGGUCCGGCGCCAACUCCACCACCUCCCCAGAGGACGCCACCAAAAAGCACAUCUCGAUCGACCCGUACGAAGCGGACCGGCCCGCGGGCUUCAACUACAAACUCCUCAUCUCGGCCAUCAUCCCGCGGCCCAUCGCCUUCCUAUCCACGCGCUCCGCCGACGGCGCGAACACCAACCUCGCCGUGUUCAGCUACUUCCAGGUGAUCGGGCACGACCCGCCGCUGUUCGUGGUCGGGUUCGCGUCGGCGCUCGAGGCCGGCCGCGCCAAGGACUCGCUGCGCAACCUGCACGAGCGCGGCGAGUGCGUCAUCAACAUGGUCGGCGAGGGCUUCGUCGAGGCGGCCAACAGCACGAGCAUUAACGCGCCGUACGGGGUCAGUGAGUGGGAUGUGAGCGGGCUGACGCCCGUGUAUGAUUGUGAGACGGUGGGGUGUGCGAGAGUGAAGGAGGCAGUGUUUUCGAUUGAGGGGAAGUUGGAGAGCGUGAGGGAGUUUGAGAGUAGGGCCACGCCGGGGAAGGUGACGGCGACGUUGGCGGUUAUUGAGGGGACGAGGUUCUGGGCGAGGGAGGAUGCGGUGAAUGAGGAGAGGAAUCUUAUUGACACGAAGGUGUUGAAGCCGAUCAGCAGGUUGGGGGGGAUUACAUAUGGCCGGCAGACGGAAGCGUAUGAGCUACCACGCCCGGACUUUGAGAAGGAUCUAGGUGGGAUGGAGGGUGCGAAGAAGCUGGAGAAGAAGCAUGUUCCCAACUGA